GCUGGCAAAAACGCUGAUCCAGAAAAGAAGGCUCUUUUCGCCAGCGUCACAAAGCGUAUCGAUUACUCGCCCAAGCUUGGAACCGAGUUGCAUGGCAUCAAGUUGUCAGAGCUGACAGAACAGCAGAGUGAGGAGCUCGCUGCCUUAAUCUCUGAGCGUGGUGUCGUAUUUUUCCGCGACCAGGAUGAUUUAAACUAUAAGGAGCAAGUCAAGCUUGGAAGACGUUGGGGACCCCUUCAUGUUCACCCAUUCGUUGCCAGGAAUCAGGAGAACCCUGAGGUGAUUGUUUUGGACUCUCGCUUGAGCCCUCCGACACGCUUCAAUACCAACGAUUCAUGGCACUCCGAUGUCUCAUUCGAACCCGCCCCUGCCUCGUACUCAAUCCUUAAGUUCGAGGAAAUUCCCGAGUCCGGUGGUGACACCAUUUGGUCGAACGGCUAUGAGCUCUAUGACGACCUUUCUCAGCCUCUCAAGACUUACCUUGAGAGCCUCACGGCGACUCAUUCAUCCGAUAUUUUCAAGCUUUUGGUCCAGACUUACGGGCGUAAGACAUUUGGUAGGCUAAAUGAUUCGGUUCACCCUGUCAUCCGAACUAACCCUGUAACGGGGUGGAAAUCCGUCUUUACAAACCCAGUCUUCACCCGCGAAAUCAAUGGAGUGCCUGCGUCAGAGUCCAAGUGGAUUCUAGAGUAUUUGAGUGAUUUGAUUGCCAAGAAAUUGCAGUACCAAGUUCGUUUCCAUUGGGAGAAAAACAGUGUUGCCAUCUGGGAUAACCGUUCCACUUUCCACACUGGUGUACCCGACUUCAAGCCUUAUCGUCGCAGGGGUGUUCGCGUGACAGUCUCGGGUGAGCAUCCUUACUUUGAUCCUAGUAGUGGAACACAGGCGGCUGCCUGGGAGAGUACUGCAAAGCUCAUUGUUGCAAAGCAGGAGGCAGCA